GUGCGGUGCAGCACAGCAGGCGGAUCACCAGGCUGGGAGCGUGGAUGUGCCGGGCGCCAGAGCACUGUCGAGGGCGACUGAACACCCAGCAGGGACUGAUGAUGCCCUUGGCCAUGAUACACCCCCAGCUGCUAUCUGCUUAUGUUCAGCCUGCAUGACUGAGCCACCGCUGCUCCAGCUCUUUCCUGUCAUCGUUCCCUUCACUGAGUAGUUUGAUGGGGCGCCGGGCGGAUGACAGCGGGAACGGUUGUGAUCACUGGCGGAAUCCUAGCUACAGUGAUCCUCCUCUGUAUCAUUGCUGUCCUGUGCUACUGUAGGCUCCAGUAUUACUGCUGCAAGAAGAGUACAGACGAUGAGGAUGCCGAGGAGGAGGAGGAGGAAGAGGAGGAACACGACCUUUCCAUCCAUCCCCGAGCCCCCACCUGCAAUGCCUGCAGCUCCCAAGUCCUGGACGGCAGAGGCAACCUGGCACCUCUCACCAGCGAGCCCUGCAGCCAGCCGUGUGGGGUGGCCAGCCACUGCACCACUUGCUCCCCAUACCGCACCCCCUUUUACAUACGGACAGCUGACAUGGUGCCCAAUGGGGGUGGAGGCGAGAGGCUCUCCUUUGCCCCUACACAUUACAAAGAGGGGGGGACCCCAUCCCUCAAAUUGGCAGCACCUCAGAGUUACCCGGUGACCUGGCCAAGUUCUGGGCAUGAGGCCUUCACUAAUCCAAGGGCUAUUAGUACAGAUGUAUAAUCCUUUCACCCCAAUCUGCACACACCCAACACUGUCCCAGCAGGAGCAAUGAAGUGGAGGGGACCCUCCAAUAGCCCCCCCCCCCCAGGAACCAUCUCAGUUUCUCUGGCUUCAUUAGCAGAAGGUUCACUAGGAUGUAAGCUAGUCAAUGCAUCAAGGACCAGGCAGGAUCGACGGCCCAGAAGUGGCGCCCCGAGAAGCCUGCAAUGUCACCAGUUUCUCUCCGACUCCUCCCUCUAACAGUCAGCUCUACCACAACCCCCAGUAAGCCCACACCCUUUGCUUCGCCGGGCUGUGUGAAGGAACACCAGGGAAAGCCUAAGCAAAGGCUCUGGAGGCUUCCGGGGACCGUGGGAAACGAAGUGGGCAUGGACACAAAGGGGAAGGUGAGGACUAGACAUUCCAGAAUUUGGGAGGAGAAAGAGGAAAAAGUGUUAAAGGAGCCCCCAGUUUUGCUGGCUGGAAUUCAUCCAUGAGGUGAUUUACACUCUAUUUUACUUUUUAACUUUGGUGGCCUGCUCAAUAGGUAUGAGUUCUGAGAACACCACAUCUGCUAUCUCGCCCCUGCUCAUGAAACACAUCAAAUUAAUGCUAAGUGCCACAGCACACAGCUGUUUAUGGGGACCACAUCAAGGAGCGUCUAUACAACCUUGUCUCUCCCCCCAAGUCCUCUCUUAUGCCCCCUGCUAGAGAACCUUCCCCAUUUCAAUCGAUGCAGUCCGAUAAACCUAGUGAGCAGAUCUCACUGGUUACCCCUGUUCCUCCACGCUUAACCACAGAUGUAGAUUCAGCCCUGUGAGGGUGUGUGCAUGCCCAUUCCCUCCCAUGUACUUAUCACCAGCUGCAGAGCAGAAGGGUCCAGGGUCCCAACAAGAGCUGGACCAAAAGGCAAUUAAAGUGAUCAAUCUCCAUGGCAAACAGAAGGAGGAAUCUGAGGCAAUGCUGCAGCAGUUAAGUUCCCAUGCACCUGUGCAAGCUCCUUUAGAGGCUAGUGCACCCCUUGAGCAUCCAUCUGUGAUGUGACAUUAAGAACAGAACCAUUUUAUCCCAUCAGGGGAUGUAGCCUUUCCCCUGAGUUCUGGGCCGGGGGUCUCCUGAAGUUUGGCUGUGUCUUACAUUUCAUGCUUGCUUGCCCUCCUUUGGCCCCCUAACUUUCCAGCCUCAUGAUGAUGGAUGAUGAGCUAUUUUUCUGUCUUACUCUAGUCCCCUAGUCCCCACACCUCCCACUUGUAACUAACAGCGGCCUUAAGGGUUUGUGUUGUUUGUUUUGUUUUGCUUGGGUGUUUUGUUUUGUUUUAGUAAGUAUGCCUGAUAAAUUCUCCAGUUACCUCUGUGGCUCAAGGGUCACUGUCCCCACUUCUAAGGGUGUAUAGUUAAUGCCUGCACACUCCCGACUCACAGAAUGCUGUUGAAGGUGGGCCAGCAGAAGGGCUGGUCUUUCUCCUGAACCCUUGGUUGGUUGGUUGGUUGGUUGGUUGGUUGGUUGGUUGGUUGGUUUGACAGAGUAGGCUGCACCUCACAUCUACAACUGUAAAUAACAAACAUUUAGCUAAGAAGCAGAAGACAAUCUCUGACCAUAUUUUGUUCACUUGUUAGACCUGGGACCAGUCAGGUAACUUCACUGAGACUUCCAUUUGUCUCCAGUGAAGCAAAGCUUGCCAAAAUGGACUCUAAAUAUCCCUUAUUGUUCCACAAAUCCAAGAUAUUGUAGAAAGAUCUGCUAGUCAGCUCUUUCCUCUCACCUUUAUCCUGGCCAGGGUUGGAUGGAUCCUGGAUACAGGAGUAUUUGAUGUGGGCUGGAAACCACAAAAGGGGUGGGAGAAAGCCCACGGGAUUAGGAGGGGAAAUUAUUUCAGUUGUUGGUAAAAAGCAAACAAAUCAGGCUAGGGCUAGAGCUCAGUUGGUUGAGUUCUUGUCAGGUCUGCACGAAGCCCCGUUCCAAUCUCCAGCGCCACUAAAACCCACCUCUGAUUCCUUCACUCGGGAGGUAGAGGAAAACAGAUGGUAGUUGUUCAAAGUCAUCCUGGGCUAUAUUGCAAGUUCAAGGUCACCCUGGGCUCCGUGUCUCAAAAACAACAACAAAAUGUUUGCCCAACCCUCUAAGGAGCAACCUCAACCGCCAAGCGCUGCAGAGGAGGGCACAGCAGCAGGGCUGAUGAGCUGUGUCUCCUGGUGCAAAGGGAUGGCUCCUCAGCUCCCGUGCACCAAUCCGCCAUCUGCCCAUCCUGGGCCAGGCGCAACCCCCUGACUUGCUGCUGGGCCUAGCAGCUCUCCCCACUUCCUCACCACCAGCCCAGUGCCUUGCUCUCCUGUGGUUUCACAGCUGUUAUUUCCUCCACCCCGAAUGGCAGUGCCACCAUCAUACCAACGCCUGUGGGGAAAGCAGGACAACCCAGCCGACUCAGCAGACUGUAACCCACUUCCGGACUCGGGGGCUCUGGGUACAAAGCCCCCUUUGCGCGUCUCCUGGAGCUCUCUCAGCUUAACCCGCAAGUCCAAGUCUGGAUCCCACGUGACAAAGGGGGGAGGAAUACACCCUUCCCUUCAGCACACAUCAUUCAAGGCACAGGCUCCACCGUAGGCUGCGGGUCACCUGCCCACCUCAUCUCACUGUAGCAUCGUGGUCUCCAUCCUGGGGAAGGGAAAGCUCACCCGUGCGGUCCUUUUAGCUGUGGAGUCUGCCCAUGAGACACACUCUGUACACUUCAAACGGAACCCUGAACAGGAAGAGAAGGAGGGGGAGCCAGGGAAUAGCUGGUCCUCUCCACCAUCCUUCUCUGCAUCACUCCGCUGCGGCUGCAGAUUUCCUGUCGUGCAUCUUUGAUAACUUGGAACACAACCAAGUGAAUGUCAAAAUAAAGGAGAAAUUUUAAAUAAAAAACCUCAGAAGUAUUUCCAUCCCUCCGCCGGGGAGA